GGGCUCGCCCUAGGGGAAGGCAGCGCGGCCAAUCCGUCCCCUCCCCACACCUACUUUGAGGGGGUGGGUGAUAGAGGAGAGGUUGGGGUUGGAGCAGCGGUGAGGGGGCCCCUCCCUGGCACCUCCCUCCACCAGACUUGGUCGCGCCCGAAGUGUAACACUUUCUCUUUGUCGGAGGAGCUCUUCUGUUUCCUGUGCAGCAGCUCCCGUUGUGGAGGCACCCUUAGCAGCCCUGGCGGACCAAGGAGCGAUGGCAGCGGCCGAUAUAGCUCGCCAGGUGGGCGAAGACUGUCGAACUGUCCCCCUGGCUGGACAUGUGGGGUUUGACAGCUUGCCUGACCAGCUGGUGAAUAAGUCAGUCAGCCAGGGCUUCUGCUUCAACAUCCUGUGCGUGGGGGAGACAGGUUUGGGCAAGUCCACCCUCAUGGAUACCCUGUUCAACACCAAGUUUGAAGGGGAGCCAACGACUCACACACAGCCAGGUGUUCAGCUCCGGUCCAGUACCUACGACCUCCAGGAGAGCAAUGUGGGGUUGAAGCUCACAAUUGUGAGCACUGUAGGCUUUGGGGACCAGAUCAACAAGGAGGACAGCUACAAGCCCAUCGUGGAAUUCAUUGAUGCUCAGUUUGAGGCCUACCUACAGGAGGAGCUAAAGAUCCGGAGAGUACUGCACUCCUACCAUGACUCCCGAAUCCAUGCCUGCUUGUAUUUCAUUGCCCCGACAGGACAUUCGCUUAAGUCUCUGGACCUAGUAACCAUGAAGAAGCUGGAUAGUAAGGUGAACAUCAUUCCCAUCAUUGCCAAGUCAGAUGCCAUUUCUAAGAGUGAGCUGGCAAAAUUCAAGAUCAAAAUCACCAGUGAGCUUGUGAGCAAUGGAGUCCAGAUCUAUCAGUUCCCCACAGAUGACGAGUCGGUGGCCGAGAUCAAUGUAACCAUGAAUGCCCACCUGCCGUUUGCUGUUGUUGGCAGCACAGAAGAAGUGAAGAUAGGCAACAAGAUGAUGCGAGCUCGGCAGUAUCCUUGGGGGACCGUGCAGGUUGAAAAUGAGGCCCACUGCGACUUUGUGAAGCUGCGGGAGAUGCUGAUUCGAAUCAACAUGGAGGAUCUGCGGGAGCAGACCCAUGCCCGGCACUACGAAUUGUACCGUCGCUGUAAGCUGGAGGAGAUGGGCUUCAAGGACACCGACCCUGACAGCAAACCAUUCAGUUUACAGGAGACAUAUGAGGCGAAAAGAAAUGAGUUCCUGGGGGAGCUCCAGAAGAAAGAAGAGGAGAUGAGACAGAUGUUUGUUCAGAGAGUCAAAGAGAAGGAAGCAGAGCUCAAGGAGGCUGAAAAAGAGCUGCAUGAGAAGUUUGACCGUCUGAAGAAACUGCACCAGGAAGAGAAGAAGAAGCUGGAAGAUAAGAAGAAGUGUCUGGAUGAGGAAAUGAAUGCUUUCAAGCAGAGAAAGGCGGCAGCCGAGCUGCUCCAGUCUCAGGGCUCUCAGGCUGGGGGCUCACAGACUCUGAAAAGAGACAAAGAGAAGAAGAACUUUUUUUAACCUUGUCUUCAGCAGCUGUACUAAGUCUAAAGGAGAAGACUGCCAUUAUAGAAGAGUUAGUUAGGGCUCCAUACUGUCUCAAGCAAGAAACCAACCAGUCCCCCUCCCCUGCAACUGUGCACAUACACACCACACUCAACAAGUGUACAUGUGUCCCUGUGUCCAGGCGAGAAGCUCUCUUCUGACUUACAUGGUGUUUCACAUGGAAUUGUCUUGUCCUAAACUCACAAGGCAGGAAAAGAAUCAUCAGACUGGAAAUGGACCAAAUGUAACCUCAGAGAGACAACAACAGGACCACUCACCCAGGUGUUAAGUGACUGGCAGGAGACCUCAGCUGUGAGUGUGGAAGUGCUGUUCACCAGGUUUUGAGUUUGAUGUUGUUUUCUAAAAACAAUUCUCUGGUUCAAUGGGUUAACUGUCUUCAGACACUAUUAAGCUGAUUCUGAAUCUGGAAGAGAAAGCUGAGUGACAUUUGCAUCUUCAGCAUUCACAGACUUUCUGCAGACCCCAGCAAAAGGGGGGAGAAAUGGAACUAUUACCAUUCAGCUGAAGAAAGACAUGAGGGGGGCUUAAGCUUAGUUGAGAGCAAAGUUUCUCCACACAAACUUCCAAGGGGCUUUGCGGGUUUCGCAAGAGGUUUCUGCUCAACUUGGUAUGUUGAAGGAGAGCUUUGAUGGCGGUAAAUCUGCCUUGAAAUCAAUGGCUUUCCUUACUCUCUGAAUACCAUGUGAAUGUGCUCUUUCCUAUCCGUCCAUACCACAAACACCAACAUUCUGCUGUCUUGUCUCUUGGGAGAGCCUCUUUGCAUGUUUUCCAGAAUCUCUGUUUGGUUUUCCUUUCUUCUCUGUGGUUCUUUUUGCUGAAAUGUGUGAUCAGUCACUGCCCCUCUGGGGCUUUCAUUCUCCAGAAGAUACAUCCCAGAACCAGCACUGUUUAGCUCAUUAUCUUUCUAAUGUCCAUGUCAAUUUUCAAUAAAAUUCAAAGAAAUGCUCA